AGUUGUUACGUUUACCCCGCGCCGGAAGAAGAACCUGGGAACGCUUUUGGAACUAUGGCGGCCGUGGAUAUCCGAGAUAAUCUGCUGGGAAUCUCUUGGGUUGACAGUUCCUGGAUCCCUAUUUUGAACAGUGGAAGUGUCUUGGAUUACUUUUCAGAAAGAAGUAAUCCUUUUUAUGACAGAACAUGUAAUAACGAAGUGGUCAAGAUGCAGAGGCUAACAUUAGAACACUUAAAUCAGAUGGUUGGAGUGGAAUACAUCCUUUUACACGCCCAAGAGCCCAUUCUUUUUAUCAUUCGGAAGCAACAGCGGCAGUCCCCUACUCAAGUUAUCCCACUGGCUGAUUACUAUAUUAUUGCCGGAGUGAUCUAUCAGGCACCAGACUUGGGAUCAGUUAUAAACUCUAGAGUGCUUACUGCAGUACAUGGCAUUCAGUCAGCUUUUGAUGAAGCUAUGUCAUACUGUCGAUAUCAUCCUUCCAAAGGGUAUUGGUGGCACUUCAAAGAUCAUGAAGAGCAAGAUAAAGUCAAACCUAAAGUCAAGAGGAAAGAAGAACCAAGCUCCAUUUUCCAGAGGCAGCGUGUGGAUGCUUUACUCCUAGACCUUAGACAAAAAUUUCCACCCAGAUUUGUGCAGCAAAAGUCUGGAGAAAAGCCUGUCCCAGUGGAUCAGACAAAGAAAGAGGCAGAACCUACACCAGAAACUGUAAAAUCUGAGGAGAAGGAGACCACAAAGAAUGUUCAACAGACAGUGGGCACUAAAGGCCCCCCUGAAAAACGAAUGAGACUUCAGUGAGUAUUGGAUAAGAGAGACGCAAGACUACUCUUGUCCAUAUUUUACCUCAUUACUGUGACAGGCUCUUGAACUUUAAAAUUCUUUGUCACAAUCAUUUGUAUAGAAUGUGCUUGUUCUUUAAGAAAGACGUAAGGAUGCUCAUGCUUUCAGUGUAAAUAUUUUAAAUCUGUCUUUUGUAACCUUUUCCCUCCUGGACUUGAUCAGCUUCCUCCUUACAUGUUUACUGUGAUGUAUGUUUAAAGACAAAAUAAAGGUAUUUGUAUAAAUUGCUUCAUCAUGACUUUUUCCCCCCUUAUCUUCCCUCACAUAUUUCCAGAUGCAUUUUGUAAACACAAAGGAUUAAUGUUAAAGUGUUAACUAAGCUUAUAUUUUCUAUUAUUAGUUGCAUAUUCCUCAGUAUUAAAAUAGUAGAGUUACUGACAAUUUGAAAGAUAAAGAAAAGAACAACCUCAUUCAGCAAUACUGCCACCUUACAAAUACUAUAACAAUGUUGUGAAUUUUUUUGUCUUCUUUUUCUGUGUGUAGAUUUUUUUUUUUUUGGCUCACCGCAUGGCAUGGAAGCACGGAGUCUUAACCACUGGACCACAGGGAAGUCCCUGUGUGUAGAUAUUUUUAAAACCGUAGUUUGUAAUUACUCUGCUUAUACAGUUUUACUUUAUCAUGUUAUGUCUGUUGUAUGCACUAUUCCAUGUUUACUUAGUUUUUAUAGACUGUUUAUAUUUUAUUGACUGAAUAAUUCCUAUGAGUGAUUAUAUCUGUUUUCUUAAACUCUCUUAAGUGUUGCACUUAAGUUUUUCUCAUUUUACAAUUUGCAUUAUUAAGGGUGUAGUGAUUACAUUAUUUAAAUAAGGCUGUAGUAUAUAAUGACUUUUCAAUAUUUAGUAUUUAUUUCCUUAGUAUAGAGUCCCAGCAGUAGAAUCACUGGAAUCUGUACUUUUUUUUUUUUUGGCUCAUAGUCCAUGUUACCAAAUUUUUUUUCUCAAAAGUUUUGGGCCUAUUAUUACUGUAACAGCAAAAUAUGAAAAAUCAAGCUUUCUAGAAUCUUGCUGAUAUUGAGUAUUGCCAUGUACAUUUUUAGUGCUAAUUAAGUAGCAAAAAAAUGGUGUUUCGUCAAGUGAUUGGAUAAUUUCUAAUCUUUGAUUUUUGCUUUUAUGAGGUAUCUGAUUUUCUGUAUUGUGUAAGGUUUUUUAGUUUUUUUAUUUUUACAUAAUUUCAGGCUUACAGAAGAGUUGUCAGAGUAGUACAAAGAAUUGCUGCGUAUACUUUUUGCCCAAAUUCCCCAUAUAUUAACAUUUUCCAUAUUUAUUUUAUUCUUAAAUCUCUGUCGCUCUUUCUCUGUCUCUAACUUCUGUUGUCAUUUGCUGUUUCUCUCUCUCUCUCUCUAUGUAUAUGUGUGUGUGUGUGUGUGUAUACGUAUAUAUAAUACACACAUAUUUAUACACCUUUUAUUUUGGGUUGAGGGUCAGUUGCAAUCAUGAUGCCCGUUUCCCCUAAGAACUUUAGUGUGCAUUUCCUGAAAUCAAGGACAUUCUUUUACAUAGCCUUGGUACAAUUAUCAAAAUUAAACCACCAGUAUGAUACCAUUAUCUAAUGUUGUAGGUCUAAUCUUGCUGGUGGUGCCAAGAAUGUCAUUUACAGCAAAAGAAUAUCCUGAAUUGUGCGUUAGAUUUAGUUGUCCUGUCUCUUUAGUCUGCUUUAAUCUGGAGCAGUUCUUUAAUCUUCCUUGUUUUUCAUGACUUGGUAUUUAAAGAGUUUAGGCCAGUUAUUUGGUUGAAUGUCUCUUAGUUUGGGUUUGUUUGAUAUAUUUUCAUAAUUAAAUUCACCUCAUGCAUUUAAAAAAAUUUUUUUUUCACAUUCCAAGCAUUGUUUAUUCCAGGAUUGCAAGAAUGAUUCAACAACUGGAAUCUAUUACUCUGAAUUAACAUAUUAAUUGAAGAAACAGACUUUUGUCAGAAAUACCAUGGAAAAGAUGCUUAUAGAGGCAUGUGCUGUCAACUUGUCCCAUUUCUGGUGAUGUUAACUUUGAUCACUUGGUUAAGGUAGUGUUUGUUAGGUUACUCCACUGUUAAGUUAGAAUCUUUCUUUUUGUAAUUUAUAGGUAUCUUGGGAGGGUGGGGGGGUUAGUUCAAGGCUCCUUAAAUACCCUGUUAUUCCUCAGAAACUUUACCCUCCAAUAGCAUUCGUUGAUAAUUCUUGCCUGAAUCAUUUAUUACUGUUAUGGUUACCAAAUGGUGAUUUUCUAAUUCCUUCUUCCUUCUGUGUUUAUGAGUUGGCACUCUGCUGUGAAGAAGAGCUUUCCUUUCCCCCCUACUUAUUUAUUUAUAUCACUGUAGACUCCUGGAUUCUUAUUUAUUCAAUGAGUUAUAUUUCUUUACUAUCAUUAAUUUAUAUUGAUGCUCAGUUGUCCCAGAUUGGGCCACUGGGAGCCAUUUCAAGCUGAUUCCUAUGUCCUUUUGACAUGUCAUUCAUUGAGGAUUUUCUUUAUGUUUUGGCACAAUAAGAUAUCCCAGGCUCAUUCCAGCCCUGGAGUCAGCCAUUUCUCUAAGGAUCUCUAGUUCCUUUUGGUGGAGAAUAUAUUUGGUAAUUAAGAUCUGUGUGCUAGGUGUGUUCAUUUGCUACUGAAGUGUCAUGGCUUCUGGGCUUUCUCAGCUGAUAGAGUUAAGAAACAGAUAUAUACUGGGACUUCUCUGGAGGUCCAGUGAUUAAGACUUUGUGCUUCCAUUGCAGGGGGCACGGGUUCCAUCCCUGGUUGGGGAACUAAGAUCCUGCAUGCUGCGUGGUAUAGCCAAAAAAAAAAAAAAAAAAACAGAAAAAAAGAAA